CAAAAUCCUUUUCUCUUUCAUUUCUCAAAUCCUCACCUUUCCUCCUUUCUCAUUCUUAUUUACUACUCUUUCCCCGGCGCCCACCAAACUCAACCAUCUCCAUUAUCAACCCUCCUCCUUUUACAUGCAACUUGUUUUCGUCGGUGGUGGUGGUGCUGCUGCUGCGACGACUGCCUCCAUGUCGACGCUGUCCAGGGAGGACAACGCUGCUAUGUCAUCUGAGGAUUCUUCUAGCCCUGAUGAGGCUGAACUCGAGCUCGGUCUUGGCUUGAGUCUUGGUGGUGGUUUUAAGAACCAGCAAGUAGCAGUCAAGAAUCAAUAUGCUAGAAUUCUAACUGCUAAGGAUUUGCCUUCUGGUGUUUCUGCUUCUUCUUCUUUUUCUUCUACGUCGUCGUCUUCUUCCACGUUGAGCAGAGCCAACGCUACGGCUGGGACCAAGAGGAGUGCUGAUUCUGUCUCUGCUGCCCCUAAUGGUGCGUCCAGUCAAGUUGUUGGUUGGCCGCCAAUAAGAGCCUAUCGAAUGAACAGUAUGGUCAACCAGGCAAAGUCAGUGGCCACUGAAGAAUAUAGUUCAAUAAUUGGGAAAAAUGAAAGCAAGACUGCUGUGCUGGAGAAGACUAACAAUGGAAGUAACAUCAAUAAUUCCAAGGUCAGGACUUCGCUCUUUGUCAAGGUGAAUAUGGAUGGGAUUGCUAUAGGGAGAAAGGUUGAUCUGAAUGCUCAUGGUUGCUAUGAGACCUUAGCCCAAACCUUGGAAGAUAUGUUCCUUCGACCCACCCCAACAAUCAAUUCAAUACGAUCAAGUGCACCACAGCAUAAUCUAAUGGUAGAAGCAACGAGAUGCCCACAAUUGCUGGAUGGUUCAUCUGACUUUGUGCUCACUUAUGAGGACAAGGAUGGCGAUUGGAUGCUUGUUGGAGAUGUUCCUUGGGGGAUGUUCCUUAGCUCUGUGAAGAGGCUAAGAAUCAUGAGGAGAUCUGAAGCAAAUGGACUUGCUCCAAGUUUGCAAGAAAGGAAUGGAAGACAAAGAAACAAGCCUAUCUAGGCUUUUCUCCUUAAACUUGAGUAAGAUGAAGACGAUCUAUGGCUUGAAGACUGAUAUACAAAGGAGAGAGAAUAAUGAAAGCAUUUUGAAAUAGCAGUGACUGAUUUUCUGCGGCCUUGUGUUGUUUUUUGGGUUGCUGUAUACUCCUAUCAUGAUAUUUGUUCAUUCUUGUUUUAAGUUUGAAAAUGCUCACCACACUUUUUUGAACGAUACGACCACUUCACUUUUUGGUGUAGCAUACACAUGCAUACAUGCACUGUUCAGUGAAUGGUGUUUACAAAUCCUGUAAAUUCCAGAGUGCUCAAUUGCUUUCUACCCUUGUGAAUGCAAAGGAAAUUAUUGUUCUUGAAA